AUGGCCGAGAAGAAAGAGAUGCACAGAGCUAAAGUCGUGGUAAUUGGCGAUGGUGCCUGUGGGAAGACUUGUUUCCUCGAAGUUUACAAAUCGGGUGUUUUCCCGGAAGACUAUGUACCCACUAUUGUUGAUAACUUUGUUAUGCGCGAAACAGUCAACAACCAUGAAGUAGUUCUGACACUUUGGGAUACUUCAGGUCAAGAUGAAUACGAUGCUUUACGCCCACUUUCCUACAGUAACGCUAAUCUUAUCAUUAUCUGCUAUUCCAUUGAAAGAAGAGAAAUGCUGGAGAAUAUUGAAGAGAAGUGGCUGACUGAAAUUCAAAAUCUUUGUAAGAAUGUGCCCUACUUCCUAGUCGGUCUGAAAGAAGACAUCAGAGAAGCCGCUUCACCCGCCCAAGCUGCCUCCUACGUAUCUACCGAAGAAGGAGCCGCCCUAGCCCAGAAAAUCGGAGCGAAACACUUUGUGGAAUGUUCAGCUUUAACCCGAAAAAACAUCAAGGAAACUUUCGCCGAAAUCGCCCAAUAUGUGGUGAAACACAAAGCCGAAACGAAGUCCGGGGGUGGUUUUAAGCUGUUCUGGUGCUGUUAA